UUUUUUUUUUUUUCUCUCUCUCUCUCUCUCUCUCUCUCAACAUUGUUGCCCACUAUACCUGCAUCUCCAUUCUCUCUCUCCUCUCUCCUCUCAAUCUCUCUCACAUGUCAGUCUUUGUGAUGCUCGCAAAUGGAAUUCAACUAGCAAGACUCACAAAUCACGCUUUCUUGAGAUCUUUCUUGAAAUACCCUCUUGGUUUUUGAUACGCAAUGGCGAACAGGAGAGGAUCAUCAGGUGCGGCGGUUCAGAGGAACAGAUGCUGUGGAUGUCAAUAUCCGUGGCCGAUUUUUGCCUGCGUUUGCUUGUUCAUGGUGACGAUGGUCGUCUUAGGAGGACUCAAAUCUAAAACUUCAAUUGAUGGAAAUGAUAUAACUGAUUCUAGUAAACAGGAUGUAGAAUGGAGAGAAAGGCUGGCAUUGCAACAUGUUAAGUCCCUCUUCUCAAAAGAGGUGAUUGAUGUCAUCACGGCCAACACAGUUGAUAUGGGACCUCUGAGUCUUGAUUUUCUCAGAAAAAACAAUUUGUCUGCUUCAUGGAAAAUUGUUGGACAAGAAACUACUGUUGAGAAUGAUGCCACUUCUUCUGAGGUGAACGAAACAAUUGUAAAUAUCAAACAAGAAACUCCAAAAGUCAAAGAGAAAGAUUCUUCAGGCGAUGAUCGUUCUCAGUUUGUUGAUACAGCUGAUAGACUAGCACGAAGGCAAUUGAGAGAGAGAAGACGUGAAAAGCGCGCAGCUGACUUGGUGAAACAAGAUGAUGAAGUAAAUGUAAAGCUUGAAAAUGCAGCUAUUCAGCGUUCCAAAUCAGUUGACUCAGCAGUUCUGGGCAAAUACAGUAUAUGGAGGAAAGAAAAUGAGAAUGAGAACUCUGAUUCAACAGUACGCUUGAUGAGAGAUCAAAUGAUUAUGGCAAGAGUGUAUAUAAGCAUUGCAAAUAUGAAGAACAAGCAUGACUUGGCUCAAGAACUACAGAGUCGCCUCAAAGAAAGUCAACGUGCUUUAGGGGAGGCAACUGCGGAUACUGACCUACAUAACAGUGCACAUGAGAAAAUGAAAGCUAUGGGCCAAGUGCUUUCAAAAGCUAGAGAGCAACUGUAUGACUGCAAACUGGUCACUGGAAAGCUGAGAGCAAUGCUUCAAUCUGCAGAUGAGCAAGUUAGGAGCCUGAAAAAGCAGAGCGCAUUCCUGAGCCAGCUAGCAGCCAAGACAAUUCCAAAUGGAAUCCACUGCUUAUCCAUGCGCUUAACGAUAGAAUAUAACCUUCUUCCACCAGAGAAAAGAAAGUUCCCUAGAAGUGAAAAUCUGGAAAAUCCACAUCUUUACCAUUAUGCCCUCUUCUCAGACAAUGUCUUGGCUGCAUCAGUCGUUGUCAACUCAACCAUCGUUAAUGCCAAGGAGCCCGAGAAGCAUGUAUUCCAUCUGGUUACUGAUAAAUUGAACUUUGGAGCCAUGAACAUGUGGUUUCUGUUGAACCCUCCUGGAAAAGCAACCAUCCAUGUUGAGAAUGUCGAUGAAUUUAAGUGGCUUAAUUCAUCCUAUUGCCCGGUUCUGCGGCAGCUAGAAUCUGCUGCCAUGAAGGAGUAUUAUUUCAAGGCAGAUCAUCCCACCACACUCUCUGCUGGCUCUUCUAAUCUGAAGUACAGGAAUCCGAAAUAUCUUUCGAUGCUUAACCACCUCAGGUUUUAUCUCCCACAGGUUUAUCCUAAGUUGGAUAAGAUCCUUUUUCUUGACGAUGACAUUGUUGUCCAGAAAGACUUGACUGGAUUGUGGUCAGUGAAUCUCCAUGGAAAGGUGAAUGGUGCAGUGGAAACCUGUGGUGAAAGCUUUCACCGUUUUGACAAGUAUCUGAACUUUUCAAAUCCUCAUAUUGCAAGAAACUUUGAUCCCAAUGCAUGUGGAUGGGCAUAUGGAAUGAACAUUUUUGAUCUUGAAGUGUGGAAAAAGAAGGAUAUUACAGGCAUUUAUCACAAGUGGCAGAAUAUGAAUGAAGAUAGGGUACUGUGGAAGCUAGGGACUUUGCCUCCGGGACUGAUUACAUUUUAUAAGCUGACACAUCCACUCGAGAAGUCUUGGCAUGUGCUUGGUCUGGGUUAUAAUCCAAGCGUUGAUCGGUCAGAAAUGGAGAAGGCAGCUGUUAUACACUAUAAUGGGAACAUGAAACCAUGGCUAGAGUUGGCAAUGACUAAGUACCGUUCGUACUGGAUCAAGUAUAUUAAGUUUGAUCACCCUUACAUUCGAAGAUGCAAACUGAGUGAGUGAUAGAACAAAUGAACAAUAAGGUACUAUCAAAUGCUCUCCCUCUCAUCCAAUUGAACGGUUUGCUCGCUUUGAUUAGUUUAGGACAAGGGAUGGAAGUUUGCAUGUUCCGUGCUGUAUUUUCUUUUCGUAUUUCCUACAUUUUUUAUUCUUCUGUAUAAUUCAAUUUAGUUGUUUUUAUCAUUCCUUCUUCAUACGCUGUUGACCUGCUACAGCUCCCUUUUUUCCUCAAUUGAUGUCGAGUUAUGUUUCUCAUUAUUAGAGGAUCUGAAUGUGAAUUGUGACAAAUUCUUUGGAUGAUAUAUACCUUACACUUUACACAGUGUUUCAAUA